CCCAUAUUUUUUUUCACUGGAUCUCCUUGCUUUGUUUCCUCCAGAAAACUAUCAAAAGCUUUUCUCUAUUUACUCUCCUUGAGGUUUCUGUCAUCCUGUCCCAUUUUUUAAUUCCAGAGGAGAGUAGCAUCAGAAAAGCUUCACAAUAUAAUCAAUAUUUGGCCCGAAAAAGGAAAAAUAAUAAGGAAACUUGGGGCUAAGUUGGUUUUGUCUUUCACGACAGCUUAGAAAAAAACCAAACAUAAGAGGUGCGCCAUGGAUUGUUUACCAUUGUCAGGAAGCGACGACGGCCAAUCUCUGAUGGACAGCCUUUUAGGUCUGCUCAGAGUGCGUGUCAAGCGAGGCAUUAACCUCGCCGUCCGCGACGUUAUGAGCAGCGAUCCUUACGUUGUUGUCAAGAUGGGCAAACAGAAGCUGAAGACUCGUUUUAUAAGGAAGGAUAUCAAUCCUGAGUGGAAUGAAGAUCUGACCCUUUCUGUUUCAGAUCCCGACGCUUCUAUUAAGCUGACGGUGUAUGAUCAUGACACAUUCACCAAGGAUGACAAAAUGGGAGAUGCAGAAUUCAACAUUAAAGCAUUUAUAGAAGCCUUGAAGAUGGAUCUGGAGGCCCUCCCAAAUGACACAGUGAUUUCAAAAGUGCAACCAUGCAGAUCAAACUGUUUUGCUGAGGAGUCCUGUGUGAUAUGGAAAGACCACAAGGUCAUACAAGAUAUGUGUCUGAGGUUGAGAAACGUCGAAUGUGGCGAGGUCGAAAUCCAGCUCCAGUGGAUCGAUCUUCCUGGCUGUAAGGGCUUAUAGAUCCAUCAGAUCGAUGAGAUCUGUCCCUGUUUUAUCAUCUCAUCUUCAUGUAUUUGAAUAACAAAAUUUACUUUGUUAACAAUACUGGUUUGUUUCAUUGCUAAGCACCCAUGGCUUCCUUACAGAUGACAGAGAGGCUUAUGAGUAGAGUCUGCCUGCACAAAUUAUAGCCACUGAACAACAAAGCUCAAACAAUUGUUAUAUCGUGGAUCCACCUUGUAAGGUGGACCAUGCUCUAAAACGAUACCAUUUCAAUAUCAUGAUUAACAAUCAUUCACAUUUUUCACCACACACUAUGUUUAUAUACAACAGAAAGCUUUAUUUUAUAAUAAACAUAUAAAAGGAAUAUUUUGACCUUA